GGGAACAUUUUGUGAACCGGCACCGAGCAGACCUGAUCCAACGUGUCUGCAUGGUGGACAGCAUCAUCGACAUGCUGUAUGGCACCGUGUUAGAUGAAGAGCAAUACCAGAGCAUCAGAGCCGAGAAAACCAAUCCAGACAAGAUGCGGAAGCUGUAUGAGUUCAUGCCGAGCUGGAACUGGUACUGCAAAGAGCAGCUUUACCAGGCGCUGAAGGCCAAAAACAAGUUCCUCAUUGAAGAUUUGGAGAGCAAAUAAAUACAAUGAAUAAAAUGAGCUCCCCCUGUUUCCAUGGGGCUUCACCCCAAGUCUUUUCUCAGGGGCACAGGUGUGACGCUGGCAGACCAGAUGCCAGGUCAUGCCAGAGCCGAUGGCCAAUUCACUUGUGUAUUAGUAUAGCUCAAAGUGGUUGUUAAAUGUAUAAGAGUGUAUUUGGUGUUUAAACAUUAAGAAAACUAGUGGAAUGUUACUUGCAUUGUUUUCACUUAUCUGUAUCCCGUUAUAAUGGAGUAGUGAACAUUUAUGUUCAGGGCCGGAUUAAGAUUAUGAGAGGUCUAAGGCUAAUGGGAGGGAA